UGUUAAUUAAAUAACCUAUUUUGGAAAAAAAAACCCUCGCAAAUAAUUUUAUCAUAUCCUAGGUAAAAAAUUUUGAAAAAAAUUAAGUACGGCGUACGCGAUCAGGGGCGUAUUUGAUAGGGCCAAACGAAACCUCCAUUUUCUGGAAUUUUCAUUCUAAAAGCGAAGUCAAGUUAAUACAUUUUUCCGGGAGAAAAUCCCUGGACUUGUCAAAAAUUGAGUUUGUUAUCAGCCUGCUCUUUUUCAAAAGUGUCACUUUUUGAUCAAUUGUUUUCAAAAUGUAAAUUAUUCUUUAAAAUCAAAAAUAGUGGUACAGGAAGUGUAAUUUUUGUUUGAAAAAUAAAAGAUAUGAUUUUUUCCAGAAAAGUUGAAUUCCAAAGUAAUUUCUUAUACAUAUAUUUUUAAAUUGGGUUUGAGUGAUUGCAAAAUUUGUUUCUCCAUUUGUGAUUUUGGAAUUUCGAGAGAUUUUUAUACAUAUAGUUAGGGAGGUUCAAGGUGCCCCGAAAGUCCACUUGAAUUGUUCAGGUCUGCGUGACAAAAUGGCCGCGAGCAAUGAAGUGCCGGUAGAAAUCAACGAGAGGGGUACUUGUGCAACAGAGAACAACGCGGAAUCAAAAAUGGAGAACAUGGAAGUUGCCGAGUCAGUAGUACUGCCGAACAAAGAGGCUCCCACUACCAACAACAAGGAGCCCGUCUCUGUCGAUGACAUGACCUCUCGGGACUACUAUUUUGAUUCUUACGCUCACUACGGAAUUCACGAAGAGAUGCUCAAGGACGAAGUACGUACCGUGACCUACCGCAACUCCAUGUAUCACAACAAGCACCUCUUCAAAGGUAAAAUUGUUCUCGAUAUUGGUUGUGGUACCGGCAUUCUCUCCAUGUUCGCCGCGAAAGCCGGCGCUUCGCGAGUCAUCGGAAUCGAAUGCUCCAACAUCGUCGAGUACGCCGAAAAGAUUGUAGAAGCUAACCAGCUCUCUCACAUCGUCUCUAUCCUGAAGGGCAAAGUCGAGGAGGUAGUUUUGCCCGACGGUAUUGAGAAGGUGGACAUAAUAAUUUCCGAGUGGAUGGGUUACUGUCUCUUCUACGAAUCUAUGCUCGACACUGUCCUCUUCGCCAGGGACAAGUGGCUCCGCGAGGACGGGAUGCUCUUCCCCGACAAGGCCACUCUCUUUAUUUGCGGAAUUGAGGAUCGACAGUACAAGGACGAGAAAAUCAACUGGUGGGACGACGUUUACGGUUUCGACAUGAGCAGCAUACGAAAGGUGGCGAUCAGCGAGCCUCUCGUCGACGUCGUUGACCCGAAACAGGUUGUGACGAACUCCUGCCUCAUCAAGGAAGUUGAUCUCUACACUGUCACGAAAGCCGAUCUCGAAUUCUCCUCGCCCUUCACUCUCCAGGUCCGCAGGAAUGAUUACGUCCAGGCCCUCGUGACCUUCUUCAACAUUGAGUUCACCAAGUGUCACAAGCGAAUUGGAUUCAGUACGGCUCCAGAGGUCCAGUACACCCACUGGAAGCAAACUGUCUUCUAUUUCGACGAGUACAUGACGGUGAAAAAGGGAGAGGAGGUCUACGGCGUCUUCUCCAUGAAGCCCAAUGCCAGGAAUUACCGCGAUUUAGAUUUCAGCAUCGAACUCGACUUUAAGGGCGAAUUGUGCACGGUCCACGAGACCAAUCAUUAUCGCAUGCGCUGAUACCGAUCAGAGUUCGACUCCUCAUCUGCAGACUCCUAGAACUUCGUGAAACAAGUCGAACAACGGCCACGAGAAAAAAAAAAUAUUAAUGUUAAGAACGGACUGUAAUCGACGAAAAUAUUAUCCCGAAGACGGUACGAGCAGCACCGUUAGUUUCAAGCUGUAUAAAUACUAAUGUUGGGCUAUCUUUUCUGAAAAUCACGAAGUUGUAUGAGACAUUAGUCCUUAUAAUAAGAAUUUGAAGUAAGGCCGGUCUGUCAAUAGGAAUAUAUCAGAAAUUCUUCCCGAAAAUUUGUAAUGUAACUAACUUCUCAUGCUACUUCGUGUUGCGAAUUUGCUGGGCUUUCAAUGUUGGGCUAGAAUUCUUUUUAUUUAAGAGACUAAAAGAUUUUUACAGUUUGACUGUAGUAUUCGAGUCUCAAGAAUUUGCGCAAGAUGGUUUUCUUUCCCGAGUGAUAUUCUCUGUAGAAAUAGGCGAUGCAAUUUUUUUACGGCGAGGUAAAGUCAAGAAUGAAGAUUUGUUGUCAGUAUUGGAAGAUCUGAUAAGACCUUCCAAAAGCGCACUACGUAAAUUAACUUCGGAUAUUUCUGUCUUUAGCGAGAAUUGUAAUAUAACCAACCCCAUUUUGUAAAGUGUUUCUUGAUCGUAUAACAUUCACCAGUUUCAUGACUUGUCGUUCAAUCCAAUUUUUGAUGGGGCUUUCUUUAUAUCAGUAAACAAAUUUCUUAAGUCUUGAGUGAAGAGUUGAAUGGAUAGCUGUAUUGAUUGAGUAUCGCGUAUUUAGCGACGUAAAAAUGAUAGCGAUAUUUAAUUUUUUUAUUUAAAAGGCACCAUUAAAUGGAAUGUGUAUUCUCUACAAGUUCAUUGGCUUUGACAAAAGGCGAUUAAAAGCUGAUGAUUAGGUUUUUUUAAUUUCACACAUGACUAGUUAAAUAAAUUCCUAGAAUCAAUUUCUAGGCUGAAAUUUGAAUUUAAUCGAGAUUUUCUUGGACUAACCUGUUUCUACUUUUUCAAAAUUCGUCAAAGUUAUAAAUAUAGUAUAAUUUUAAGAGCCCUGAAUUUUCCAAUUUUUUGUAAGAAAAUAGAUCAAGCAGUACAAGUUUAUGGUUACUAAUUUUUUUCUUUUUUUUUAGUUUCCGUUAAAAUUUUGAAAAACUAAAAAAUUAUGACGCUACUUCAGUAAAUUUGGCAAUUACUGUUUCGAAAUUUUAUGCGAACGCGAUUCUGUGCGUAGAAUACUAACUUAUUACAUCGAUUGUUUUUUACGUUUGCUACGUGUAAACUAUAUGGUAAAUAUAGUAUUUGAUUGCAAAUCGA